GCAACUAAAAUAACAUGUUCAAUAAGGUUCAAGAAUUUGCCAUUUAUACGGCUUGAAAAAAAUUAAAUCAAUUGACGAGGCAAGAUUCGUUUUAUUUUCACAGACGUAUAAAUGUUUAAGCACCACAAAUCAUCCUUUUAAAAUUAAAAUAAAGAAUGUAGAUGGGUCGAGUAUGCCACCAUGCCAAUCGGAAUUGAUGCAGCAGUUCUUAAGAGUGAGCUUCAUUUCAAAUAUUUGGCGUAAUGCUCACCGUCAAAUUCCAACGGAGCUAUCUCCUACAGACUACGGGUGGAAAUUGGUGGAUGAGAAAUAUGACUUUGAUUCGUUCAAAGGCGACCAAUUACCAGAACUUGUACAAGAUGUCAUUAUUCCACCUCUACAAGAAAAUACAGAUUCUGCAACACCCGAGCUCGACUUGUCAGAUCACGAUAGUGAAAAUGAUGAUAUGGAUUCAGAUGAAGCUUCAGAUUAUGAAUCAUGUGAUGAUUCUUUAUAG